AUGAACUUUGUGCUCCCGCAAGGCGCUGUUUCUAUUGUCGCGCUCGCAGGGAAACGUCACAUCACCAACGCUUCUCUACAAACAGGUGUCACCAUCUCGGGUCCCCAGCUCGCUCUAUCUCAACGCUCUGGGAGAUAUGAGCCUACAGUCUCGACCAAUCGCGUUCAUCACGAAGGCUCCACGACAACUUUCCGUCAGACUCCUUCAGCAUUCAGGAGUUAUACGACAUUCCACCCCCACUCGCUCCAUCGCUACAUCCCAUGUUCCUGCUGUGCGAUUUCUGCGAUUGAGAGACACAGCUUUAAGAUCUACAUGGGCACUCUCACUGCGCCAAUGCAACCGCCACAGGAGAGGAGCCCGGUCACUCCGCCAAACGCCUAUGAACACGCAUCUCACGCUGUCACGUUGCUUGAGCGGUUACAUCCCCAGCAGAACAUCCGCUACUCUUGCCAUCGACGCUCCCGUGAACUCCAGCGCUCCUCAAACUCAGAGCCUGGAAGUUCAUACCGGGCACUGUUCUUCUCUCGAGCGAGGACUUUUGUUAAGUCCUCCAUUUCUACGAAACCAAGUCUACGACCUCCGUCAUCCUCAGGCCAACGUACAGCCCACCGGCGACUCAAGCUCGAGCUGCUAUCAAAAUACGGAGGUCCACGAGAAUGCCGCAUACCAACAGUCUCCCAUGACGUCUCCAAGCGAUCUGCAGCAAUAGUUGCACCUCUCCUGGCGCCAAGUACCGGUCCACACCGCAAGCAGCAGCAACGACGCUGCUACGGCAACUUUCUUGAUGCAAUGCAGAACAUAUACAACACUACAACAACGGCAAGCAAGGUUUCUCUUCACGACCUUCCCAACAACGAUGUCCAUACUCGAGCGCCGCAUCCAUUCAAAACCACUUGCCAAGGCCUUCGCCUCGCCAUCGCCCAUCAACAAGCAGCCGACUGGCGAACAACAUGCUCUUCCACUCCUCUACCACGCCGCCUAUGCAUUGACGCAUUUGCCGUGUGGAGUUGCAGCAACAUCACCCAUCUCCACCACAAGCACAAACCCACUCUCUGCAAGAAACGCUUCUGCUCGAUUCAUACAAGACACUUCAUCCGCGCCAACCUCAACGAGUGUUCGGGGUACCUCAAGUCAGUCGAACACGAAGAGGCUAAGAAGAUGAUGGAGCAGUGCCUGCUCGCUAUCGAUCACUGGCGGCAAUGCGAGACUCCAGCUCAGAUGAAGUCGGUCCUGGACGGUCUCAACCAAUUUAUGCGCAAAGCUGUGUAA